AUGGCGACACAAUCGGGUCCGGGUCCCGUCGUGCCCCCUCGUCCGUCAAGAUCGCCUCUCGAGAAAGCUCCAACCCCAGACUUGCCGAAAAUCCCUCCUCGUCCAAGCCGUCGCAUUGACCGUGCCGCGUCUCCUAUGAGCUCCAAUUACGCCCCCUCCCCGUUGAACGAGCCUCCUAAUGGUUCGACCUUGUCUCGGACUGUUUCCAACGACCUGCCCCCUCGGCCUCCCAGUGUGACAAUACCAUCGCUUGGUGAAGAAGGCAUUGAAUACGAGGAUUUGGAUGCCAUUAAUGCCGCCGACAACCAACACACAACUCCUGCGGAGACGCGGAACGUGGCCAGCGACCUUAAGCUUCAUGCGCCCCGGCCUUCCCUCCCCACUUCCAGCGCCAAGGCCCAGGUGCAGGCGGUAACUCGCACAGAUUCAAGCCAGGCUACAGCUGCAGGUUUGGGCACGAUAGGAUCUCCUGCGCAAGAUGAACAGCCAGAACGGGUGGCUCGCCCCAUCUCGUCCUCUCGGGGUUCACGGCCAGGCUCAACAGCGUCUUUCGACCGCCCACAGUCAAGCCAUGAUGAUGAGCAUGGCAUUCCAGAAAUCGGCCAGAGAGUUCCAAUGUUAGCUAAUGCAGGGGAUGUACAAGCUCCUUCUCCCAGCCCUUAUCUGGAUCAGCCGAACCAGCGAUCUGGGCGCGGCCAUAACCGAACUCGUAGUGGUAGGGAAGCUUCUCUGCCACCCGGUAGCUAUGGCCUUCAUGGCCAUGGUGUUCCCGCCAACGACAAGUUUGAGAAAGCUUGGUAUGAGAAGCAUCCAAACGAAUACGUGAAGGACGAACAACAAGGACAAUAUGGAUCCGGUACACCACGGCCUGAUGGGGCCCUGAGUAGUGAUGAUCUGAACAAAAUCGUUCGGGGCUCUGCCGUCACUGGCUCAGGUCUAGGGACCUCCCCAGCCGUAACCGGGACACCAGAAGAAGAGAUUGGCUACAUUGCUGCCGAUGAGUAUAGUCAUCGUCUUGCAUCUCCACCUCCAGAAUCGAAAGGUGACACCCGUCCCGUUGUUGAGUCCCCGCUCCGUCAGGCAAGCAUUCCGGCCACCGAAGCACAAGGGCAAGAGAAAAAGGAGGCUUCCGUUAUUCACGUCGAUGAACCCUAUCACCACCUCCAUCACCCUGAUGGUUUCGCUCAAACUCCGGACCCAGACGAAAUAACACACAAGGGUAUAGGAGAGGACGAUAAAGAAGAACCGAUAUUGGCCGCCGAUGAAGUGCGUCCUGAAUCCGCAUAUCAGCACGCCGCUGUAUCUCCAACGUUCCAGGAUUAUGAAGACCGAAGCCGAACGCCUAGCGUCAACGAAAGUCGAUCGAAUAGCAGAGCCACAAGUUAUCGUGGCAGCACCCCCGCCCUGGCAAGAUAUAACUCUCGGGACGAAGAGAUAGUAAAUACGCCUCUCGAAGACGUUGAAGAAUACGAGCCGUUGUUCCCCGAGGACGGAUCGAAAGAGAGCAAACCCCUUGCCGCAGCGGAGGUCAUGAAGAAGCGCCCGGACGCUCUUAAGCAUCGGUUCCCUAGCGAGGACAUUUGGGAAGAUUCGCCUAACAGCCACCAGCUUCAUGCCACUGUCUCCACCCCAGAUAUCCCGAAGCAGGACCGUUUUGAGACACCUGAACAAGAGGAAGCCCGCAAAUCCCGAGAGCCCGGUAUUGAUAGCCACCAGGUUGCGAAGCGAAUAUUAGAUUCAGGGGAGCAAGAACCUCCCACUCACCCCGGACUUGCGAAACAGAGGUUCCCCAGUCGAGAUAUUUGGGAAGACGCGCCGGAAAGCCAGACGCUGGUGACAACGAUAGAGCCAUCAGAAGAAAAACAGCUCACGAGUCCAGCGGUGCCCACAAAGCCGAUCCUUCCCCGUCGACCUGAGAAGCGGCAACCUCCCCAGGUGGAUGCGUCCACAAAACCGACUUCCCCGGUUGAGAAGCGACAGCCACCAGUUAUUCCUGAUAGACCAAAGCCUCAGAUCCCCGCACGGCCAGCAAAUCGCGCCGCCGCCCGAACAGAGGGUGAAGAAGCACAGGCCCCGCCAACCAAACCGAAACCAGCUGUUCCAGCUCGCCCAACUGGGGGUAAAAUCGCUUCUAUCAAGGCUGGUUUCCUCUCUGACUUGAACUCGCGCCUGCAGGUUGGUCCGCAGGCGCCUCCAAAACCUCAAGAAAAGAAGGAAGCCCCUGUAGAAAAGGGGCCGCUGAGCGACGCUCGAAAGGGCCGUGCUCGUGGUCCGGCUCGGAGAAAGCCUGCUGUUGAGAAGCCCGCUGCCCGCCUACCUACGAUCCCCGAGAUCAAGAUAACCGAAACCUGGAAUGUUUGGCAAAUUCACGAGGACGGCAACCUAGUUGUCGGUGAUGGGAAUAAGGAUGAGCAGCCUGGCACCACCCUGUCAACACCAGAGCCAUCAGGCUCGGACGAUACUAUGGCACCCCCCCUGGCUCGGAAUAUGUCCGUUGAAUCAGCAGAUCCCCAGAUACAACCCAAGGAAGAAGUCCUCGAGUCACCGAGUACCCAGACCAUCAUCGAGGCCUCGAAGACGGAAGAUGUGAAAGAGGAUCCACUCGUCGGUGCAACUGAGGUCGAGUCGUCGGAGGAAAUGGCCGAGCAAUUGGACAAGCAGGUCAACAUUCCGUCUGCUGUGGCCGGCAACGCCGACAGUGUUGACAAUGCAGCCGAGUCCCUGGCUGCCUCGGCUGAUGGCAAACGACUUUCUGACGGCGAUGAAUCUAUUGCACGUUAA